CAAAAAGAAUUUCACAAAACCCAAGCAGAUGGCUCUAUCCAUGCAGUCUUUAUUGAUCCUAAUGUUUGAACAUCCUUUACUUGGUAUUUUUUCUCCAAGAUGGGAUAAAAUUGGCAAAUAUGAUCAUAAGAAGUAUAAGGCCUGCCGGCUUGAUUAUACAGUUUCACAGAUGCGGCAAAAAAUUACACACUUGCAGAGUGAAAUUCACCAGAAGUCUGUUACUUUUUUUACUCAUGAAUUCGAUACUAUUGUUAUUCAUUCUUUUGAG